AGGCGAAGCCGGCCAGGCCAAUGGCAGCGACCCAGAAUGUAGGCUCCGCCUCUCUGCGGACAGGCCGGUCGGCACGGGAAAGAGCGGCAGCGCUUCAAGAUGCACUGCCUGACCACACCCACGCUGUUCCGGGCCCUGGCCCAAGCCGCACGUGCAGGGCAUCCUAGUGGCCGGAACCUCCACAGCAGCGCAGUGGCAGCCACCUACAAGUACGUGAACAUGCGGGAGCCCACGAUGGACAUGAAGUCGGUGACCGACCGGGCGGCUCAGACCCUGCUGUGGACCGAGCUCAUCCGAGGCCUGGGCAUGACGCUGAGCUACCUGUUCCGGGAGCCGGCCACCAUCAACUACCCGUUUGAGAAGGGCCCGCUGAGCCCGCGCUUCCGCGGGGAGCACGCGCUGCGCCGCUACCCGUCGGGCGAGGAGCGCUGCAUCGCCUGCAAGCUGUGCGAGGCCAUCUGCCCCGCCCAGGCCAUCACCAUCGAGGCCGAGCCGAGGGCGGACGGCAGCCGCCGGACCACGCGCUACGACAUCGACAUGACCAAGUGCAUCUACUGCGGCUUCUGCCAGGAGGCCUGCCCUGUGGACGCCAUCGUCGAGGGCCCCAACUUCGAGUUCUCCACGGAGACGCACGAGGAGCUGCUGUACAACAAGGAGAAGCUGCUCAACAACGGGGACAAGUGGGAGGCCGAGAUCACCGCCAACAUCCAGGCCGACUACCUCUACCGGUGACGCCCCGCCCGCAGCGCGCAGCCCCGCUGCCCAAUAAAAAGUUCUGAUCUCCCCCGCC